AUGACUUCACUCACACGACUUAUCGCAGGCGCCGCUGCUCUAGCGACGGCCGCUCAAGCGGCGUCCCUCCAGCAGGUCACCGACUUUGGUCCAAACACAUCUGGUACCAAGAUGUACCUGUACGCACCGGACUCCCUAAGUUCUGCGGGAAACAACAUCAACGCUCCAGUCGUCGUCGCAAUCCACUUUUGCACGGGCACCGCAGAGGCCUACUUUUCAGCAACACCCUAUCCAGCCCUGGCCGAGCAGUACGGCUUCUACGUGAUCUACCCCGAGUCACCCUACAACGGGACAUGUUGGGAUGUCUCCUCGCAGGAGGCACUGACCCACGGCGGCGGCGCGGACACGAGUUCCAUCACGGAGAUGGUGUCGCACACCGUCAGCACCUACGGCGCGGACGCCUCCCGCGUGUUCGUGACGGGGAGCAGCUCGGGCGCCAUGAUGACGAAUGUCCUGGCUGCGGCGUACCCGGACGUCUUCAAGGCCGCAACGGUGUACUCUGGGGUCCCGGCGGGUUGCUUCUACACGGGCACGGUGGACGGUUGGAACUCGACGUGCUCUUCGGGCGAGAGCAUCCACACGCAGAAGGAGUGGGCGGAUACUGCGCUGGCCAUGUUCCCGGGAUACACUGGCUCGAGGCCGAAGAUGCUGAUCUUCCAUGGGACCGCGGACGAGGCUUUGUUACCUCAGAAUUUCAAUGAGACGAUCAAGCAGUGGACUGGCGUCUUUGGGUACUCGGAUGUUCCUGAGCAGAUGUUGGAGCACACUCCUUCUGCCGCUUAUACCAAAUAUGUGUAUGGAGACAAUGUUGUGGGGAUUUAUGGUACUGGAAUCGGGCAUACUGUCCCAGUAAUGGGUGAUGAGGAUAUGGCGUGGUUCGGCAUUUCUGGCACUGCGACAGCUGCUCAGAGAAAGUUCCGGGUGUUCUGA